AUGGGAGUAGAAGAGAAAUGCCAUAUUUGGAGGUGGUUUGCAAAUCAGCUUCAUAUGAACUUGGAGAUUAAUAGUAUUCAAGACUGCUGGGAUGUUUUAGAUCAGCCUUGGUCUCCUCAAUCUCGGGCAGUGAUCCAUGCUUGCAUAGCUUGCAUAGUCCAUCAAAUUUGGACUGUCAGGAAUAAAAAUAGGUUUGAAAACAAGGCUCCCUGUUGGAAAUCUGCAGUGACUAUUAUGGCUACUCAUGCUAAGCUGGUUGGAAACAACUCCAAAAGAGUCUCUAAUUCUUCAAUGGCUAGUUUUACUCUGCUCAAAAAGUUUGGAAUCCAGAUCAAUCCUAAGGCUCCAACUGCUACUUUAGAAAUUCUUUGGUCUCCUCCUACUGUUGGUUGGAUGAAGUGCAAUAUUGAUGGAGUGGUGUUGGGUAAUCCUAGAUUGGUUGCGUGUGGUGGAGUGUUUCGUGACCAUAAUGCAAAUCAUGUUGUUAGUUUUUCUGACUUUUUGGGCAAUGAGUCUCCUGAAUUUGCUGAGCUUUUUGUUGCUAUAUCGGCUCUUAAAGAAGCUAAAAGAAGAAACUUUAACAAACUUUAA